AACUUACCGUAUGAAAUGCAUGCUGCCGCUGUGAACGGUGAGGGAGAGCGGGAGGGUGUUGCAGGAGUGGAGGGAUUGGCUCCCCGCAGAUAGAUUCUCCGCUUUGCACCAGGGUGAUUGAUUGCUCGCGCUCUCUCGUCGUCCCAAGAUUACCUACGAUGGCAUUUGCCUCUUCAUGUAGAACAUUGCUCUUCCCAUUGUCUUUUGCCGCACAACCCGUGCCAUAACGGCUCUUAGUUGCGUUUUCUCGCGUUGCAUGUGUCUCAAGUGCACAGGACUGCGCAGUGCAGUGCACUUAAACCAGGUUCCCGUGGCUGCUUCUCACCUGAGGACUUUGAGGUACCGUGUCAACCAUCUGGGAUUUGCUAUGGGCUCUAUUGUUGCGCUUCUGGGCGGUUUUGCUUGGCGCAUCGAACGAGGGGGUGAAAGAGUGCGAGAGAGAGAGUUUUGUUGACAAAUGCAGCACACGUCGCACCUGAAUUCUUGUUGUGGAGCGCAAAGAAAUGAUCGAUACUCUAAAGCAUGUUAACUAGUACUCUGAAGAAUUGUCAUUCGAGUUUUAGCAUUGACGGCAUAAGCAAUGGGUUAUCAAUCGGACUUCUCUUUGUUGGAUCUCGAGGAGCUUCACGCUCCUACACAGACUGUGACAGGUGUAGUUGCUCAGCGAUAUUGCCUUGCAAAUACUGCGCAAUACAGGCUCGAGAACGAGAUUCUCUCUAAAGCAUGGACCAUCACAGACGCAAUGGGAGAAGUUGUGUUUCGGGUGCGAGGGAAGAAGGUGGACUGGGUCAAAUCCAAGAGAGAGUUAGUGGAUGAACAUGGGAAUUCCAUAGUCUACAUGGAAGAAAAGCCAUGGAGAUUGAAGAAUGUAUGGAGAGCAUUUGCUCCGGGUGAUUCAGAACCUCUGUAUACACUGAAAGCUACCACUGCAUUCAGUUUCAAGCCAGGCAUCAACAUUUUCCUUCGUUCAAACACGGCGCAGAAGAAACCAGAUUACACAAUUGAAGGUCUCUUUCUUGCCAAAAAAUGCAGUAUAUAUUUUGGUGAAGAGCUCGUAGCAGAGGUAACUCGGGAUGUAUCCUUGAAGAACCUCAUUGUCAACAAGAGCAUCUUCAAUGUAACUAUAUAUCCUGGGGUAGAUAUAGCAUUUAUCUUCUCCCUCGUUAUCAUCAUGGACAAGAUUUAUGUCCAUGACGAUUGAAACGGGAAUUACUUUGGAGGUCUAUGGGUGACUGCACACGUAGGUUUUCAUGUAUUGCACAAUAACACCAAGAAGGCGCAGCUUUAACAGUAGUAUGACCAUUGGUGGCUUUCACUUUUAGCUAGUUCUCUUUUAAUAAGCAGUUUGGAGUAAGAUUUGGAUCGAAAACAUACGAAUAGCUCGACUUGUGUAAUAGGAAAGCAUGGGGAGAUUCCUUUCGUCAGAAUAUAGCAUGAAUAUUCGACAGUGCAGUUUUUCCGAGGUUAAAGAUAAGUAUGCAUUUGAAACAGGGAACCCAACUGGAAUGACUACUUCGUCAAGUGCAUGGUUAUGAAGUUCUCCGACAUCUUAUUUGUUCUAGGCUGGAGAUCAAGCCGCACUGUCUCUUGCACUAUCUUUCAGCUUGACAUCAAAUAGUAUUGACUCCUUCUAGUCUU